AGAAUGCUGUAAGACACCGGCGCGUGCGCACGUGAGGCAACCGCGAGUGACUAAAGUGAUUGUACAGUGUUUUCCCUGUGGAUUUGCAAUUAAUAGAUUGUCCAAUGGCGACACCGCAGUUCACUUGUUUGUUCGUCGUGUUCGUAUUAGCUGUUAAGACGUGUAACAGUGAGAACUCCGCGCAAGACACUCCACCAAAUCUCAUGAAGGAAGUAGAGGAUAACAGUCGUUACAAGACAUUGGAAGCAAACGCCACAUUGUUGAAACUUCUUGUGGAUAAUAAGGAUGGUGUAAGCAAAUCUGAAGUAUUCGACAUGCUGCAUUCGAGGGAUGAAGUCGCAGAACAUAUCGACCUCCCGACGUUUCCAGAAGAUGCUGAAGAGGGUCGCGUUGAUGUUCCUAUCAUUCCUGACUCACAGGCCGAGUUCUUACAAGCUGGCGAGAUAGUUCGUAAGGACUCGGAAGAAUUACAGUACUCAGAGGAGCCGGUUGGAACAGCAGCUGGUAUCAUGGUACUCGUAACCCUCACUAUCGUAUGUCUCGCUUACACCGCUGUUAUUGUAUGGAGACGGAUAUAUUUGAAGAGAAAUGGACUUAAACACGAGCUUUUAAGAAAUGAGGAACUCAUUGCCGAGACUAGGAUAGAGUUGUGAAAAAAGAAACCGUCUGAUAGAGAUCAACGGUAUCUAAUCAACGUUAUCUUCGAGGAAAGUUGGAACCACGUAAAGACUGAUUUAAGACAUUACUGUCAUCGUUUGAUUUAACGAGAAAAUUAUGCGAUUUUUUUUACAAAAAUAAGAAUACCUAUCUAUAUUAAGAAAGCUGUCCUCAGUAUAAUACAUGUAUGAAAUAAGUAAUCUUUAAAUAAGGAUGCACUAUUUGUAUUAUUUAUUUGUAAAGAACAUGGCACUGUACAUUACAUUUAGUUCAUAUAAAAUUGUGACGUCAGGUACCAUCAGAAAUAUGCUGCUUAAUUGAUCUUAUUGGUCAAAGCGUCCAACUAGGAGAAUAAAUUUGCAUUUUAGUUUCAGUUGGCAACAACCUCAUUAAUACAUUUAUGUGGCCUCAGGCACAUUUCCUACUUACUGAUAGUUAUUACAGUCUCAUUUAUAAACUAUUAUAUUGAAAUACUAUUUCAAACAGUAAUUAAAUGUACUGUUAUCACUUUUAUGAUUCCAAGUAUAAAUGAAAUGUAACAAGUCUUGUUACAUUAUAAAUACUCUAUGAAGCUUUAUGAAUAAGACAUCUAGUAUGUUAUCUAAAUAUUAAGUUAAAUAUUGGUUUUGUCAAAUAUUUAUAUUGAAUUAUGUUAAUAAAUUCUUAAGGACGUGCCAUAAAGGACGUAUAGUG